CCGUGAAGUGUCAUGUCUUCUCCGGCAGUUCUUGGCUCUCUGGUGCUUUUGCUCUCUGUGUAAACUGGAGCCGGAGCGCAGCGCGUCCACAGCACAGGGACCGGGACGCACGGACACGCACAGCCCAGACAAAUCCCACUUUAUAUCUCCACGCAAGUUUCCAGGCAGGUUUUGAGCGUCAGAGAUGACAGGAGGCUGUUCGUGGACGACUGGACUGCUGCUUCUCACUGUGUGUGCGGAGGUGUCUGUAUUGGCCAACGAUGGGGACGCAGUGUUCAUUAGAGAAUUCACUCUGAUCCGGCGUGACCACCUCCAUGAAGAGCCACUCCAUGACGGCAGCCAAAAACCAGAAGACUCAAGUUCGCGGACAGCCCGAUCAGAGGAGGACAGAGACACGCUGUGGGACGCCUGGGGAUCGUGGAGUGAAUGCUCUCGUACCUGUGGAGGAGGAGCGUCCUACUCCCUCAGACGAUGCCUCAGUUCCAAAACCUGUGAAGGGCAGAAUAUCAAAUAUCGCACAUGCAGUAAUGUGGACUGUCCUGCAGAUGCUGGUGAUUUCCGUGCCCAACAGUGCUCAGCUCAUGCAGAUGUGCGAUACCAGGGUCAAUACCAUGAGUGGCUGCCCAUGUACAAUGAUCCGGACAACCCCUGUGCUCUUAAAUGCAAAGCGAGGGUCUCUGGUCUAGUCGUGGAGCUUGCACCCAAAGUCUUGGACGGGACUCGCUGUUACACAGAAUCCUUGGACAUGUGCAUCAGUGGAGUCUGUCAGAUCGUGGGUUGCGAUCAUGAGUUGGGGAGCACAGCAAAAGAAGACAACUGUGGGGUCUGCAAUGGAGACGGCUCAUCCUGCAGACUGGUGCGAGGUCACUACAAAUCACAGCACGCUUCAGGAAAAGCUGAGGACACGGUCGUCUCCAUUCCCUAUAAGAGUCGCCAUGUACGUCUAGUACUGAAAGGCCCGGAUCACUUGUAUGUGGAGAGUAAAACUCUACAAGGGGUCAAAGGUGAACUGAUUUUAGAUAAAUCAGGGCAAUACCACCUGGAAAACACCACCUUAGACUACCAAAAACUGUCUGAUAAGGAGGUUCUGAGGAUCACUGGACCACUUGGAGCUGACUUCACAAUCAAAAUACAAUUUGCCAGCGGAGCCGACAGUGUGGUUCAAUACAUCUACUACCAGCCCAUUGCCCAUCGCUGGAGAGAAACAGACUUCUUCCCUUGUUCUGUCACAUGUGGUGGAGGCUACCAGCUGACCUCAGCAGAGUGCUUUGACCUGCGCAGUGGCCGGGUGGUCGUCGACCAGUACUGCCAUUAUUACCCAGAGAAUGUUAAACCUAAACCCAAACUCCAGGAGUGCAACAUGGAGCCCUGUUUGGCCAGUGAUGGCUACAAACAAAUCAUGCCGUAUGAUCUCUACCAUCCUUUGCCAAGGUGGGAGAGCAGCCCCUGGACGGCGUGCUCCACAUCCUGCGGCGGAGGCAUCCAGAGUCGCUCGGUGUCCUGUGUAGAGGAAGACAUGCAGGGUAACAUUACCCCCACUGAGGAGUGGAAGUGUCUCUACUCCCCAAAGACUGCCAUCCUUCAGCCCUGCAACACCUUCGACUGCCCCACCUGGCUGGCGCAAGAGUGGUCACCCUGCACAGUGACUUGUGGUCAGGGUCUGCGCUAUAGAGUGGUGCUCUGCAUUGACCACAGGGGGCUCCAUGCCGGGGGGUGCAACCCUACAACCAAACCCCACAUCAAGGAGGAGUGCCUGGUGACUAUACCCUGCUACAAAUCCAUGGAUACACUACCAGUCGAAGCAAAACCUGUGUGGCAUAAACAGGCCAUAGAGCUGGACGAGGAGAUAACUGUGACUGAAGAACCAACGUUCAUCCCGGGGCCCUGGCAGCCCUGCAGCAGGACAUGCGGUGCCGGGACCCAGAGAAGAACCGUCAAGUGCCAGGUGUUGCUUUCCUUCUCCCAGACUGUGGCUGACCUGCCCGACGACGAGUGUGACGGGGUCAAACCUGAGGAGAGCCAGUCCUGCUACCGGACCCCAUGCUCUGGAGUGGUGGAGCUAGGAAAAGAAGAAGAAGAAGAGGAGGAGGAGGAUAAUACAGAGACUCCUCAAAGGGAGGAAUUGCAUGACUGGGAGUAUGAGGGCUUUACAGAGUGCUCAGAGAGUUGUGGGGGAGGUGUGCAGGAGGCCGUUGUGAUCUGUUUGAACAAGCAGACAAGAGAAGCGGCAGAUGAGAGUCUGUGCGUGAGCAGCAGACGUCCUCCACAGCUUCUUCAGGACUGCAAAACCCAACCCUGCCCACCCAGGUGGGAAACAGGGGAAUGGAGUUCCUGCUCUGCUACCUGUGGGGUUGGUAUCAUGACCCGCAAUGUGGCUUGUACUCACCGGCCCUUUCGGGACAGCAACCAGACUGAGGUUUUAAGGGGCGAAGACUGUCAAAACCCCAAACCAAGUCCUAUUCAAGCUUGCAACCGCUUUGACUGCCCUCCAAUGUGGGACGCACGUGACUGGGGAAAGUGCUCCCGGAGCUGUGGCGGUGGAGUUCAGAGGAGGCAGGUCUUGUGCAAACAGCGCUUGGCAGAUGGCAGCGUUCUGGAACUGCCUGACACCUUCUGCCCUUCAAAGAGCCCCACAACCCACCAGCCCUGUGCCAAGCAGGAGUGCCCUCCCAAAUGGGUCACAACUGACUGGUCCCAGUGUUCAGUGACCUGUGGGAAUGGUGUGCAGAGACUACAGGCAGUCUGCAAGAAACAAGGAGACGACGGGCGAUAUCGGACCAUAGAUCCCAAGAACUGUUCAAUGUUGGCCCAGCCCAACACCGUCAGGUCAUGCUCCCUCAGAAUCUGUGAGAACUCUAUCAAGCCAGAUCCUACCAUUCUGGCUCAGAGCAAAGUUUAUAUCCAGUGGAGGAAGGGCAAAAAGCUCCAGUUGGUGGUGGGAGGGUACGCCUACCUGCUGCCCUGGACGCCGGUGGUUCUUCGCUGCCCAACCCGCCAUUUCCGCAAAGGCCAUAUCCGAUGGUUGAAGGAUGGCAAGUCCCUGGUGAGCCUCCCACACCUCUCCUUAACAUCACUAGGAUACGUAAAGAUCCAUCAGCUCCUUUCAUCUGACGCAGGGAUAUACACAUGUGUGGCAGGCCAAGCACGGGAACAGUUGGUCUUAAAGAUAAUUGGAAGCAAACAGAAACUGUCAGUGCCAGAGACAGCAGAGUCCUGGUUUUUCACAGAUGGACAGCGGAAGCUUGGCCUGCCAGAUGCAGCCUCCACAGGAGAAAGAUUUCAGGAACUACCCAUCUCCCUCAACCACUAUGACAACAUUGUUGAGCGUUUGCUUGAGCUCAAAGGCUCUCUCCAGGACGUAAAAGACGUUGUUGAAAAACCACACUUCAGUGAAAAGAACAGGUCGACCCUCGAAGAUGAAAGAGCCAGUUCAGAACUUUCCGGCCCGUUUGUACUCAUCGCCGAUACCCACAAACUAGAUGAGCUCAUGCACAGCCUCUCUGAAGGCCUUGGAGGACCACGGGGAGAACAACUCAUCGCUCAGUUACUCAGUGAGCUCACAAUGACACACGGUGAAACCAACGAGUCGACCCUUCACCCUCCUGAAGGUUCAGAAUCUUCCACACAAGGACCUCUCCUCCACAAACCCAACAUCAAAGCCCACGCAUCCAGGCCGAGACGUCCGGUGAUAAUACAACAGCCCAGAAAAGUUGGGGGGCUUCCGUCAUCUGAAAUAACAGUUCAUGUGGGAGUGCCAGUUUUGUUGCAGAAACCUGUUGCAAGUUUGGAGCUGAGAUGUAACGCAGUGGGGAACCCGCAACCAUCUGUAACAUGGACGAAGAAUGGAAAAGAGCUACCACAUAGUAGCAGAGUUGGCCCUUUGUCCACUGGCUCACUAAGGAUCCAGUCUCCAAACAAGGUGGAUGAGGGUCUGUACACCUGUACUGCCAGGAACCAUCUUGGAUCUACAUCUCUUUCAUCCUGGGUGCAGAUAACUGGUGGAAAAGGAAGAAAUUGCGUUCAAGGCAACACAAUGGGAGAAAAUGGCCCUGUGUGUGCGGAGAGGAAUAAUAGCAGCCAGUCGACUCAGCUGUGCCAUGGUCAAGGCUGCCCCUUCAGGUGGCGGGUGGAUCCCUGGUCACAGUGCUCAGCCAGCUGUGGAGGUGGGUCCCAGCACAGGAGGGUCAGCUGCACGAGGGGUACUGAGACAGACAGAGCGAGAGAAGUGGAGAUCCAGCACUGCACAGGAAGGAGACCCUCUGACACAAGGGUCUGCAAUCUGCAGCCCUGUGCCAGAUGGGCCACCACAACAUGGGGGCCGUGUCAUGGUCAGUGUGUCGGCCCCAGUUUGGCCACACAACACCGCCACGUUUACUGCCAAGACAUAAACGGCACCAAAGUCGCCUAUAGAUUAUGCGGUGGACUUCAGAGGCCCAGCUCGGUGAAGAAUUGCUCCACCGAGGCGUGUGCACUUCACUGGCGCAUCGGCCCUUGGACACAGUGCACCGCCACGUGUGGACGCCACGGUUUCCAGUCCCGCCAGGUGACCUGCGUACACCGACGAAGCGGCAAGGCCACGCGAGAACAUCACUGCAUGUGGAGGCCCCGCCCUCCGAGCUGGCAGAGAUGCAAUAUUUUGUCAUGUGGCAGAGCAGGUGAAUGCCGAGACAGCACCCGGUACUGUGAGAAGGUCCGACAGCUAGAGCUCUGCCCGCUGCCUCAGUUUAAGAACCGAUGCUGUCACUCCUGCAGAAACACCUGAGGGUUAGGACCGGAGAUGAGGUCCGUGGACAAACUGGAUAGGUCAGGGAACAGAGACUUGAAACCUCUAUAGGCCAUCACCACACCUGUCUUUAGUGGUAUGUUGGGGAUGGGGAUGCCUUAGUGUGGGGGAAUGUUUAUUCAUACCCAAAGAGGAUGUAAUGGACUUUCCUCAAAGACAAAAGGGGGUGGGUUUACAUUGAAAGUAUUGUUUUAAGAGGGGUGACAUGUCUGUUAAUGAAGGCUUCAAUUUUACUUCAUUUUCUAAACAAAAGAUCUAACCUUUGAAUCAACCGACUUCCUAAAAAAAGGAACUGGUACAUUUCCAUUUUGAGAAGUAGAAACUUAGGGGCAUUUUACCAGUGAGUGAUUCAGGCCUUUCAGGUAACAUAGAAAAAUGCUAUUACAGUGCUGUCCUAACAUAGUCCAUGUAUGUUAUGGCCUGUAUUAAUGUCCAAAAAUGAGCGUUAAAUCCACGUGAAAUUGAUGGGAGGCCCUAAUGUUAAUCACUGGAUGGUUGUGUAUUUGCUUUUAUUGCAAUGUCUUCUUUUAAAACAAUGUUUUUACUAACUGAUAUAUUGUAGGCAAACACUUUUUACUGCAAAAAAAGCCGCAAAAUACUUUAUAUGAUAAAUGGGAAAUGACUCGCAUAAGUUAAAACUCACAUAUUUAUUGGCCACAUGGAAAACCGAUCAUGAUCUUGGCUUAUUAUGGGUCAUUGAGUUCGUUUUUGACCUCAAUAACUGGUCAAGUCAUUAAAAGAAAAAGAAAUUAAUUAGGAUUUCAGUUGUUUGAACUGUGCUUUUGGCAGAACGGAGUUGGUUUAUGAUUUGAUUUCUCUUGCAUGGGUUGCACUAAUGGAGGUGUACGACUGAAGCAAAUACAUUUCUUUUAUUUUCUUUUUUGUUGGAAAAAAUGAGCGAAAAACAUAUUUUGCACUCAGAACUCAUUCAAGCCUUUGUUCAGAACGGGGUUUGUAGAGUUGUUUGUUUUGUUUUGUUUUUUUUUAAAUCUGGUUUGUAAAGUAAUAUUGUUUAUAUAUUUUGUUUUUGUAAUUUUGAUAUUUCAUAGAAAAACGUUUGACAAAAUGUCCCUUUAACCACUUAGUGACAUUACAACACAUUUUAACAUGAGGUUACCAUAAUAGUCUUCUGCUAAAUAGGAGAUGUUUCUUAACUGUACUAGCACCGGAUCCAUGUCAAAACAGUAGGAGAAACCUUUUUAAAGUAAUUAUUUAUGAACCAUUUUUCCAAUGCUAAACCAGACAGGCAGAGUUUGCACUUUUGACACACAGUAAGUCAUGGACGUCUCUAAGUGUGUCAUUAAUUGCAACACACACCUUAGCAGGAGACUACUUGUCCUUUCAGAAGAAAACAUCAUUAACAUUUUACUUUUUGUUCUUAAGUUAUGUAGAUUUCUUGUCCUUUGUCCAUAACUAUUUAUUUUAAUGCGUGUUUUUGUAUAUUUUUGUUAAUAUUUACAUGGUGGGUUUCAAGUAUUCACUUCCCUGCAGCUUGUAUUUGAUGUGCAUGUGAUGGAGACCCCCUGCUGGUGACAUGAUGUGUUGCUUUCUGCUAAUGCCUGGUUAAUCACUAAAUAAAAAACAACACAUUCCUUCUAUGACCUGUUUGUUGUGAUUCUCUUUUUUCAAUAAAAACUCAGAAAGCUGCA